UUUCAGGCCUUUCAGUUGUCGUUUUCGAUGCAAGUACGGUGAAAGAAAUUAUGUCCGUAAAAUCUUAUAGCGAAUAGCGAAUGUACUAAUUCGCCCCGUACUUAAUAAUACGAUGUCUGAUAAAUUAUAUGACUCUUAAAACCGUGCCAAAUGUUCAGGCCCGAACCCAUUUAGCUUGCUAGCCUAGCCAAAUUGCUAGCUAAAGCUAACAAGCUAGCCAGCUUGUUGUGAUCCUGCCAGUUCGGUGUCGGGAAAGGCCCUGUUGUGACCAAGCAGCUCCCCGGUGGUCCCAGCGGUUCGUGGGCCUCGUUUUGGCCGUGGUACCGACUCAUGUCUGCCGUGGUACUUACUCAUGUCUGUGUCUGUUUGUAACGGGGUCGGUGUGUUGCAGAAGGCAGGGAAGUGGACCAGCCGAACACAGCUCCUCCUGAUGAAGUCACACAGCACACUUUCAUUCUGUCCCUGAGUCAUGGCGGACAGGAGAGCGGAGAAGUCAUGUGAAGAAGCCUGCAGGUCAUUAGCCAAGGGGGAGUACGAGAGCGCAGUCAGCCACAGCACAGACGCCCUGCUGGUGCUGGGGCACCGGGUGGCCCCCUCCGGAGCCCCCACCCCAAACAGCCCUCAGGCCGGGGCCCUCCGCUGCCGCGCCCACCUGUUCCGCAUCGCCGCCUUCCUGCAGCUGAAAAACUAUGACCAGGGAGAGGAGGACAGCAAACAGAUGCUGGCGGAGGAGGUCUCCAGAGGAGAGGGCUGCCUGAAGGCCAGCCUAAGGUCCAUGAUGCAGGAGCAGAGUCUGCCAGAGGUGGCAAAUGUCCUCUCAAAGGCCCUGGACAGAGACACACAGAACGGAAUCGUCACAAAGGACCUGACCAGGUUAAAAAUGCUCCUGUCGGAAAUAGAAACUGUAAAUGGCGAGAUGGCACCAGAAUAUUCAGAAGACCAGGAUGAAGGAAUCGAAGAUGGCUGGCAGUUCAGACCGCCUCCCAGAGGAGUCACUAGCAGCGAGGAGUACACCCUCUGCAAAAGGUACCUGGAGCAGGGCCUCUGCCGCUACGGGGCCCAGUGUACCUCGGCCCACUCCCACGAGGAGCUGAUGGAGUGGCAGAAGCGCUAUGCCUCACGCCUCAUCCGCCUAAAGCAGCAGCAGGAGAGCAAGCACUUCACAGAGAACUACAUGGAGACGCUCAUCGAGAAGUGGAUGAACUCCCUCUCCCCCGAGAAAGUGUUGAGUGAUUAUCUGGACGGCGUGAACGUAGACACCAACUCCAGCCUGUCUGUGACGGUCACCACCAAGAAGUCUGCACACUCCUGGACCUUCUCCCUGUACUGCAGGCCGGCCAGGAAGCUGUUCCGCAUCGCCCUGCUGUACGACGCCCACAGACCUCACUUCUCCAUCUCGGGCGUGUCAGCAGGGGAGCGCUGCCACAGCGUCCCGGGCGAGUGCCAGGAGUGGAUGGCAGGGGAGGAGCCUGCAGCGGACAAUGGGUUGGACCACUGCGUGUACCAGGUGGGCGUGGGCUUCAGCACAGAGAUCUUCGGCACCUUUAGGCAGACCAUCGUAUUCGACUUCGGCUCAGAGCCCGUGCUGAUGCAGCGUGUCAUGGUGGACGCCGCAUCCAUAGAAGACCUGGAGCAUCUCAUGGUGGCCAGGCAGCAGCUCCUGAUCACGGCCAAGCGCUGGGACUCAUCCUGCAAGACCAUCGUGGAGUUCGUCCCCAACGAGACCACGGGCGAGCUGGAGCGCAGCCUGCUGUCCCGCUACCAGAUCCCGCUGUCGGCCGACCAGCUCUUCACCCAGUCAGUGCUGGACAAGACCCUGACCAAAGAAAACUAUCAGGCCCGGCUUCACGACCUGCUCUACAUCGAGGAGAUCGCCCAGUAUAAGGAAGUCAGCAAGUUUAACAUCAAGGUCAACCUGCAGCUGGUCACCAGCUUCAUGCUGACUGGCAUAUCGGGGGGAGCCAAGUACGCACAGAACGGCCAGCUCUUCGCCCGCUUCAAGCUCACGGAGACGCUGUCUGAGGACACACUGGCGGGCCGCCUGGUGAUGACCAAGGUGAACUCGGUGCUGCUGCUGCCUGUGGGCCGGGAGUGGUGCGGCGGCCAGCCGGGCCUGAAGGAGCGCGUCUACGAGGCGGUCAUCGAGGAGAAGACCAAGGACUACAUCUUCCUGCGGAUCUGCAGGGAGUGCUGCGACGAGCUGGGGCUGCUGCCUGACCGGGAGCUUCAGGUGGAGCUCCAGUUCCAGCUGAACAGGCUGCCUCUGUGUGAGAUGCACUACGCUCUGGACCGCAUCAAGGACAACAACAUCCUGUUCCCCGACGCCAGCCUGGUGCCCACCAUACCUUGGAGCCCCAACAGGCAAUGGGACGAGUUGCUGGACCCCCGGCUGAACGCCAAGCAGAAGGAGGCCAUCCUGGCCAUCACCACACCUGUUACCCUGCCCCUGCCACCAGUGCUCCUCAUCGGGCCCUAUGGCACGGGCAAGACCUUCACCCUGGCCCAGGGAGUCAAACACAUCCUCCGGCAGCAGCACAGCAGGGUCCUCAUCUGCACUCAUUCCAACAGCGCUGCUGACCUGUAUAUCAAGGACUACCUUCACCCAUACGUGGAGGCAGGCAACCCCCAUGCCAGACCGCUCAGGGUCUACUUCCGGAACCGCUGGGUGAAGACAGUGCACCCGGUGGUGCAGCAAUACUGCCUCAUCUCAGACACCCACUACACCUUCCAGAUGCCCAAGAGGGACGACAUCCUGCGGCACCGUGUUGUGGUGGUCACACUCAGCACCUCCCAGUACCUCUGCCAGCUGGACCUGGAGCCCGGGCUGUUCACUCAUAUCCUGUUGGACGAGGCCGCCCAGGCAAUGGAGUGUGAAACCAUUAUGCCUUUCGCUCUGGCCAGCAAGAACACGCGCAUCGUGCUGGCAGGAGACCACAUGCAGUUGAGUCCCUUUGUGUACAGUGAGUUUGCGCGGGAGCGUAACCUGCACGUGUCCCUGUUGGACCGCCUGUACGAGCACUACCCGCAGGAAUUCCCCUGUCGCAUCCUGCUCUGUGAGAACUACCGCUCCCACGAGGCCAUCAUCAAUUACACAUCAGAGUUGUUCUACGACGGGAAGCUGAUGGCCAGCGGAAAGCAGCCGUCCCAUAAAGACUUCUACCCUCUAACCUUCUUCACUGCCCGUGGAGAGGACGUCCAGGAGAAGAACAGCACCGCAUACUACAACAACGCCGAGGUGUUUGAGAUCGUGGAGCGGGUGGAAGAGAUGCGGAGGAAGUGGCCCGUGUCCUGGGGCAAGCUGGACGAGGGCAGCAUCGGCGUGGUGUCGCCCUACGCAGACCAAGUGUUCCGCAUCCGCGCAGAGCUCCGCAAGAAGCGCAUGCACGAGGUCAGCGUGGAGAGGGUGCUCAACGUGCAAGGCAAGCAGUUCCGGGUGCUGUUCCUGAGCACGGUGCGCACGCGCCACACAUGCAAGCACAAGCAGACGGCCAUCAAGCGCAAGGAGCAGCUGGUGGAGGACUCCACGGAGGACCUGGACUAUGGUUUCCUGUCCAACUACAAGCUGCUAAACACGGCCAUCACCCGGGCCCAGUCCCUGGUGGCCGUGGUUGGAGACCCCAUAGCGCUCUGCUCGGUGGGCCGCUGCAGGAAGUUCUGGGAGCACUUCAUCUCAAUCUGCCACCAGAACACCAGCCUUCACGGCAUCACCUACGAGCAGAUAAAGGCCCAGCUGGAGGCCCUGGAGCUCAAGAAGACCUAUGUGCUCAACCCACUGGCCCCCGAGUUCAUCCCCAGGGCCCUCCGGAUUCUGCUGAGCUCCCAUCAGCCCAGCCAGAACCUCCACCAACACCAACACUCACACCACCCACAGCAGCAGCACCCACAGGCAGCCACCUGCAAGCAGCAGCCUCCGGUGCAGCAGCAGGUGCAGCAACAGCAGCCUUCACAACAGCAGUCGCCUCCAAAGGGGAAACAUGGCAACCACACGGAGCACUUUCCCCCUGAAGGAUUUGUCCAGGCCAGCCCCGCGGUGCUGAUGGGGAACCCCAUCCGGGCCUUCAGCCCCCCGCUUGGCGGUACACCGGCCGCCCUGGGCAAGUCCCCCAGCCCGGUGCAGAGGAUAGACCCCCACACCGGCGCCAGCAUCCUCUAUGUCCCGGCCGUCUACGGGGGGAACAUGGUGAUGUCCAUGCCCCUGCCGCUACCGUGGGCCGGCUACCCCAACCGCUUCGCCAUGGACCCGCGAAUCAUGAACCACCAGGCGGCCAUGGCCUACAACUUCAACCUGCUGCAGGCCCAAAACCGCGGGCCGUCCCUACCCUACGGCGCGGUGGGCCACCCCUCACCCCUGGGCCUGGCCCAGCCCAGCCCGGACAAGGAGCUGCACGUUGACCCCCUCAGGAACGGUAAAUUGGAAGGCUGUCCAAAGCCCGAGCAGAGUCGUCUGCAGACGCCAGAACGCAAACUUGCAGAGUUGAAGGACAAGCAGGGGGACGUGGACGCGGGGCGAGGCCUGGAGUCCCACAUCGACGGCCCGGGGGCCUUCCCCAACACCAUGCUCAAUCGCAAGGACCCCUCGGCAGGCCAGAGACCCCUCAACUACCACCUGACUCCCCCGAACCAGGGCUUUGUCCCGCACCCGUCCGGGGGGCGCCCCUUCCCCCAGCAGUACCCAGUCUCCAGGCUGCCCUACCGGGUGGGCCAGCCCUCGCAACACCCGGCCAUGGGCCAGCAGUCGCAGCUCGGCACCGCCUACUCGGGCGGGAACCACAACCCCGCCUUCUUCGGUGGACCCGUCCCCUCACACAGGGGAGUGCACUCCCCCACCCUGGAUGGCUCCGAGUCCGUGGACGAUGGGGCCGGCUCCAUGAGGGCUCCCAUGGGGGCCCACGCGGCUGGCCACCACCCCGGCCUCCUGCAGCCCGGCAGGGUCAACAACUUUGGUGAAGAAGGGCCGGACGGUGGCCCGGCGGACAGCCUGGACCUGCAAGGCUCUCUUGCGCUGGAGGUCCUCAGCCAGCAGCAGCAGGCGGCGAGGCUGGGCCAGUGGGGGGAGCCUGGGGGGCCCUUCCUCCAGGGCGGCAUGGCCUUCCCUCUGCCUCCGCAGCUUGCCCACCUGGCCCAGCCCGGCAUGGUCCAGCCCGGCAUGGCCCAGCCCGGCCUGCCUCGCUUCCCCCACCAGCUACUGAGGGCGGCCUGGGGCCUUGGGGGCAGCACGGAGGAGGAGGGGGCCUCGCCGGGCGCACCUGGGACCUCGUUCACCAGGUACCCGGGCCUCCUGAGGGAGAUGACCCCCCAGGAGCAGGCUGAUCCCAGGGAGCAGACGGAGAUGCAACCCCCCCCCCAGUCCCGCCUCCUCCAGUACCGUCAGGUCCAGUCCCGUUCCCCCGGAGACCCCUCCUCGCCGUCCGCCGCCUCAUCCAAUCACAUGGCGGCAUUCCCCACGGGGCCAUACCCCCAGGACCCGGGCCGAGACCUCCUGGCAGACCUGGGCGCCCAACAGCAGCUCCACCAACAGCACCCUGGCACCGCCCUCUAUAACCACGGCUCCUACCCCCACCAUCAUACCCUGGGCCCUCCCGCCUCCCCCCCGCUCUCCCAGGCCAAGUACCUGCCUCCGGAGGCCCAGUGGUCUCACGGGGGAGCUGCAUCAGGUGGACCACCUCCUCCGCAGCAGAGCCACCUGCUCGGGAACCAAGGCCACAGCUUUCCGUACGGGAUGCCCGUAAUGGGACACCCCAGUAGGCAGGAGCAGGUCCAUCUGAUGCAGCUCCACCACCAGCAGCAGCAGCAGCAGAGCCAGGGACCAGGUGCGGAGACGUACCACCACCCCCUGUCUCCCAGGACCACAGCGGCAACCACGGCUCUCCACAACGUAGACGAGUACGAGCCCAGGGGCCCCGGGCGGCCCCUAUACCAGCGGCGGAUCUCCUCAACCUACCCCGACGAGCCCUCCCCCUCCGGCACCCAUACCAGCCUAUCCCAGCAGGUCCAGCUCUGCCAGCCGGACCCCCAGGAGCACCCCCACGACCAUGGCCACGGCCACACACAGCAGCCCGGCCACGCCCCCUACGGUUAUCCCCCGGGCGAGCUGUGGCCCAGUAACGGAGGAGGAGCCCCCGGCGCCUUCCACAACAUUCCAUGCAACGGCGCCGGCUCUUUAGCCCACCACCGAGAGCUGCUAGCGGUGUCCUCCAAGGCCCUCCGGCCCACGGGGGAGGAGCAAGGCAAAGCGGAGGGGCCAGCAGGGCAGCAGCAGCCGCCGCAGCCCCCAGCUGGAGCCAGCCUCCCGCACCUUGGACAAUUCCCCCCUCUCAUGCCCCACGCCAAGCUGCAGCAGCAACAGCAACAACAGCAACAACAGCAGCAGCAGCAACAGCAGCAGCAGCAGCAGCAACAACAGCAGCAGCAGCAACAACAGCAGCAGCAGCAGCAGGGCCCUCCAGAAUCUGGGCAGGGGCCCCCCAACCAGGCCAAGCCCCCCACCAUGUCGUAUGCCAGUGCCCUGCGGGCCCCGCCCAAGCCCCGGCCCGCCGCCCGGCCUGAGCAGUCCAAGAAGAACAGCGACCCGCUCUCGCUGCUGCAGGAGCUAAGCAUCGGCAGCUCCAACGGCAGUAACGGGUACUACUCCUACUUUAAGUAAGCCUCUGUAAGGCACCACCUCAACUACUUGGCCCAUCCCUGAGUACUUAAACUCCUCCCCAUCCCUCCUCAAGAAGUGAUAUUUAAAUAUAAAAAAAAAAAUAUAUAUAAAAAAGGUAAAACUGUGAAACUAAAUAAAAAAAGGGAUAAAAUAUCUGGUGAAAAAGUGCUAUCAAUAGUUUUUUGUUUUGUUGGUUUUUUUCAGCCUUUUUGUUUUAUCUGUUAUAGUCAAAUCUUCUCACAUAUUCACAUAUCUGUGAAGAACAAAGACCUAAGUAUAUAUAUAAGGAACGCAUUACCGUAUGUAUACAUACUCAUUAUGUAUAUAUGAAUAUAUACUUAUAUUAUGUAAACUUGUAAAUGUACGUAAUUCAGAAAAAAAAACAAAAGAAAAAAAAAAUCCUAAAUUUGAAAAAAGCCUAAAAAGAUGUGACUUAGUUGACCACUUAGCAGCCAGGACGUUUUCUUACAAGCUGAAGGGUGAGUGCUGACCGAGGGACUACUCAGACCGCCAGGGCUCUUCGUGGUUUCCUAUCUUUCCGUUCCAGUGGUCUUUGUACGCCUGGUUUUUUUCCUAUUUCUAUAGUUGCAGUAAAAACAAAACAAAAAAGACCAAAAAGAUGUUGCUAAGUGGUCAGCUGACUCGGUGUAUAGAAGUAGACCUGUUUUCUCUAAUCUGUACAUAGAUAAACAUCAUAAUGAAUUGUUUGCCACAGACAGAAGUCCACGUUAGCGUUCAACUGAGAACAGAUCUUCUGCUUCUCCUCCCCACUGGGACUUUUUAUUUGACCUAAAGCGUGGUUACACAUUGAUUACGUUUGCCUGAUUAUAAUUACUUUAACACUUAAACCGAACACGUUUGUUGUUUUGCAUUUUGAUUUUCUUUGUUGUAAUUUUUUUUCUUUCAAAAUGGCUAUUAUUCUGUACAAUUAUAGAAACUAUCUCACACUCAAUCAUGUUUCAUUUAAAAAAACAAAAACAAAAAACAGGUUAUGAAGGAAAUCAUUGUCCUAAACACAUGAUCUACAGCAGAGGAAGAGGCCCUCCAGGAGGCGCACACACACACAGACACGCACACCCAGAUGCGCACGCUCAUGCAGGCAUGCCUCGGCGGAAGAGGAGGACUGUCCCUACAAGGCUCCACAGGCCUCCUGGGUCAUAGGGCAGGGCUACAUGGAGGAAUGCGUCUCCAUACACUUGGUUAGGGGGUUUGUAGGAGGUCAGGUUCUCAUCUCCAGGGGGAAACGCUGGCGUGUCUGAGGAAGUUGUCCCAGGGGUGUAAAGGUGAAAAGGCUAGUCUUUAAGAAAGUGUUUAUAGAGGCGAGGUCAGAGGGUCAAGUUGACUACAUGUAUCCCAUCAGUUUUUAGGUUGGUUUCAUUCAGAGGGAUUGAUAACUCACUGGCUGAAGGCCUAAAAGUAACUGAACAAUUGUAUUUACCAUCUGAGAUAGGUUACCAGCUGGCUGUACUUUAUUAUUUAUCUUCUUUUUAAUACCUAAACAUAAAAGAUAAAAUGCCAAAAGAAGUGGCACAUAUCAGAAGAUGGAUGAUGAGGAUUAGGAUGGUCAGAUGGUUAGGAGAGCGGACUGGAGGCCGCUGGGGAGGGAUCGCCGUGGGACUCCUAGGAGCUCCGGAGAGGCUUGGGUAACAACAGUCAGCAGUAGUUUAAUAGAGACCAUUCAGUCCAUUACAAAUGCAUACUUGUAAAUACACAUUUUCUAGAGAUUUCCAAAAAAGAAAAAGAAAAGAAAAAGGUUUUGGGGAGUGCCCCCCAAUUGGACGUGCUGUCUCAGAGAGGCGUGUCCUUUUUAAUUAUGCAAAUCCCUCUCACACACACUCCCCAGCGUCCAUGUUGCAGGGGGGUGCAGGCGACCUGAUUGAUGUUGUGAGAUAGUUUCUGGCUGAGGAGCCCCCCGAAGCGUGGUUUCUGGCGGAGAGGGGGGUUCUUUCUUUGAACUCUUGUUUGACCUUUCGUUCCGUGCAUGUUCAGCUGACCAGACUGAUUUUAACCCCUCCCCCUCUGUUUUUCUCAAGCUCUUUGUAUUGAUUUGUGGGGGGUGGAUAAGUAAACAGGUUUAUGUUCACAAUACAAUACAAAUUUGAGUAUAUUAUUUGAUGUGUACAAUGACUUGUGACAUUAUAGAAAAAAACAUAUUCUACUAUUUUACUACCAUGCCCAUGGAA